UCUCCAUUUCCUCGAAUCACGGGUAUCUCACCUGGGGGGUUUAACCCCCUCGCUUCCCCGUAGUCCGGUCCUAUGCCCGGGCCCACUCCGGCUGGUCCAACAGGGUUCGCUCCCGAUCUGCUGGCCCAGCCGCCUUCCAGCAGCUGCCGUGGUCCUUGCCCAUUGUCUCUCGCUUGCUGCUGGAGUAAUCCCCCGUCACCGCCGAGCGGCAGCGGAGGCGCUUGUUGGCCUCCCGUGGCGGCAACCCAGCCGCCACUACUGGCUGCAUCCGCCACGACGCUGCCAGGCUCCUUCUUCUUCACCGACUCCUCCACCAGGGCCGCCAAUUGCGAAAUCUGCCGUUGCAAACUUGCAGCUCCGCAUCGCUGCCCUCCUGCACCGGCGGGCGGGUCUGUUCUCCGCUCGCAGCAGUGCGCUCUUCGUCUCCAGCAAAGCUCAUCCCAAUGUGGCUUCCCUCGAGAGGCAAAAACUACUCUAGAGUGUUUGCGGCCUACGCCACUUACUUUUCUGGUGAUCAUAUCGCGGCGAGGAGUGCAGCAGUGAGCGAUGCCGUUCGAUGGUGCGGCCGUUGCUAUCAGAAACGGCUGGACGGCAUGAAGCGAUACGAGAAACAGCCAGAGCACCCAGCAAACACGGAUCAUGGAUCGGGGAGGGAGGCGCCGACCCCUCUAGAACCGUUGGACACGGUGCGCGCGAUGGUGGUUGAAGUCCUCUGUCGAGGUGAUUUCCUGUACUGGCAGGACGUCGCCAAUUGCCUAGCUGCUGGACGCGCAAAGGUUUGUAUGGAUUAG